ACUUUCGGCAUUGACGUAACAGGAAGUGGGAUUGUGCAGUGUUGUGUUGUCGUGAUUAGCUGCUAUCUGUUCGAUUGGAGGUGUUUUGGGGGCAUAACCGGCGGAAAUGAUAAUUCUAGUGAGUGGACAUUAGUUAUAGUUUUAGAAGAUUUGCUAGUGCUUCGAAGGAUUACGGUUCCCACUCGGGAAUAUGUGUGAACGUACGAAGUUUUAACAUAAUUAGCCCCUUCGUGUGCUGCCGUCCCUGUUCGAAGAACGAAAGGCUACUCUCGCCAGGAAAACCGUUCGGCGCUCUCACGCAGUUAGUCUGGUUUUACUGGUGAUCCGUGAUACUAAUAGCAUCCAACAACAUUGCGUCCGAGUUUUUAGAAAUAUUUGCAAUAAAUAGUUCAAUUUGGUGUUCUAGUUACAUUUCAAUCGAGUGAUUGUCCAGCAUACAGUGCAAUAUCAUUAGAUUUAGUGUAGAAAUUUGUAAACGCCACCAUAAAUAACGAAAAGUUUGAACAAUUUUGUUCAUAGAGCAAGUUGCGGUGAAAAAUCGUUGUACUCCGGCUCGGUCUCCUGAAGAGCCUCCGGAGGGAAUUCUCGCGCCUCACUUUCCGCUCGCUCCACACUCUCACAGUGCUCGAAAUAUCGCUAGCAGCUGUGCUGGAGUUAACAAAACCCGUCUCUUGUAUCAGGAAGGAAGGAAGUUUAUGCACAAUAAACUAAAACGGAAACCCUGUGCUAUUGUACAGUGAGAAAAACCCCGAGAGUUCUCCAGUCGCUUACCAGAGAGAACGAGAAGACAGACAUACCGAAAAAGGAGCAAAUAACCACCCUCUCAGCGGGCCAGAGGGAGGCUCAGGACAAUCCCAAGUGCGGGUGUGCUCUUAUCAGCGUAGCCAAGGUGUUGGCGAGUGUUCGCACCCGAUCUCUUUCUCUCUCUUCUUCUCUUCCGUGGCAUUUCUUUUGCUUGCCACUUUCGCAGACCGUGUCCCUUACCUUCAGCACGGCCCAGUGGCCGUGUCUGUGUGAAAGCCAAACUCGCCCUCCAUUGUUUGGUUGUGUGAAAGUGAAAUAUCAACAGAACCUUGCACCCUUUCUCUACCCGCAAAAUCGCAAAAGUGAAAAUCUUUUCCUCUCCGAGUCUCGUCGCCGCGUGCUAGUGUUAGUGUCAAUAGUCACGAGAUCUUUUGUGUGAAGGCAUUUUCCUGGCUGGCUGGUGUUAUUGUUGUUUUUUGUACUGCCUCUGUUAUCGUGUGAUUACGUGCAUUUAUUGAUGUUUGAAGGAAAAAUCUCAACUGAAAAGAAAAUCGUUGCCACCCACCACCACCUCCCCCCCCCCCACAAUCAGCCAGCGUGAAGAGCCUGUAGUGCCGCGUGUGAGGGUAGAACCGUGAAACGAGUUUUAACGAAGAGUUGUUGUGACACACGGUGAUCGCGCCGCGGUGGCGAAGUGGAAAUCGAAUUUCCCCCAUUCGUUCAUUCGCGGAUGAAAGUGGCUACGAAUUAGGCAACCGAGCAUAUAUCAUCCUGCACAGGUGUAUGUAGAAGAAAACUCUCGACCCCCGGGAAUCACUGGAGCAAAUCCAAUUAAGAUUCAACAAACGUUAUUAUAGUGAUUUGGUUUAGUGAAUACUUAAGGACAAGUAAAAGGAAACAUCCAAAUCGAACCAUGGCUGCAAGUAUGUGCUGCUUGUUGGUUUUGCUCCUGAUAGGAAUAGUGGAAGCCAAUCCUGAUGCCGUUACAGAAGAACUUUCACCAGAUCAUGUGCGGGAGUUCCAGUGCGGGAAGUUCUACUACCGAACGUUCUACCUGGACGAGGAACGGGACUCUCUUUACGUGGGAGCAAUGGACCGAGUCUUCAGGUUGAAUCUGAAAAACAUCAGCAUGACAUCAUGCGAGCGAGAUGCUAUCGUACUUGAUCCGUCCAGUUCGGAUAUCAGAAACUGUGUGUCGAAAGGCAAGAGUGAGAUGUUCGACUGCAAAAAUCACAUACGAGUUAUUCAACCGAUGGAUAGUGGAAAUCGGUUGUACAUUUGUGGUACCAACGCACACAACCCGAAGGAUGUCGUGAUCUAUUCCAAUCUCACACAUCUAUCGCGGUCGGAAUUCGUGCCUGGAAUUGGCCUGGGCAUCGCCAAGUGCCCAUACGAUCCGCUGGAUAACUCUACCGCCAUCUACGUGCAUCAGGGCAAUCCCGGAGAUUUACCCGCUCUGUACUCCGGAACCAACGCAGAGUUCACCAAGGCCGACACGGUGAUAUUCCGAACCGAUCUGUACAACAUGACGACCGGCAAGAAGGUGUUCAACUUUAAGCGCACCCUGAAAUAUGACUCCAAGUGGCUUGAUAAACCAAACUUCGUAGGCACGUUCGACAUCGGCGAGUACGUGUACUUUUUCUUCCGGGAAACCGCCGUCGAGUACAUCAAUUGCGGCAAGGCGGUCUACUCUCGGAUCGCACGAGUCUGCAAGAAGGACACCGGCGGAAAGAACAUCCUUAACCAGAACUGGGCUACCUAUCUGAAAGCACGGAUCAACUGCAGCAUCUCCGGCGAGUUUCCGUUCUAUUUCAACGAAAUCCAGGAUGUGUAUCAACUGCCAACGGAUAAGAGCAAAUUCUUCGCCACGUUCACCACCAGCACCAACGGGUUGGUCGGAUCGGCGGUCUGCAGUUUCGACAUUGGGGAGGUGCACGCUGCCUUCGCAGGCAAAUUCAAGGAACAAGCGACGUCCAACUCCGCCUGGCUUCCGGUGCUGAACUCGAAGAUUCCGGAUCCCCGGCCGGGGACGUGCGUCAACGAUACCUCCACGCUGCCGGAUUCGGUGCUGAACUUUAUUCGGUCGCACCCGCUAAUGGACAAGGCCGUUAACCACGAGCAUAACAAUCCGGUAUUCUACAAGCGGGAUCUGGUCUUCACCAAGCUGGUUGUGGACAAAAUCAAGAUUGACAUCCUUAACCAAGAGUACACGGUUUACUAUAUCGGCACCAAUAUGGGUCGCAUCUACAAAAUCGUCCAUUAUCUGUCCAACGGCGAAUCCAAGUCCAAGUUGUUGGAUAUUUUCGAAAUCGCUCAGAACGAAGCCAUCCAGGUGAUGGAGAUCAGCCAGUCGCGUAAGUCACUGUACGUGGCGACCGACUAUCGCGUCAAGCAGGUCGAUCUGGCCAUGUGCAAUCGACGGUACGACAGUUGCUACCGGUGCGUUAAGGAUCCGUACUGUGGCUGGGACAAGGAUACAAGCACGUGCAAACCGUACGAGCUGGGAUUGCUUCAGGACGUCGGCAACGAGACGUACGACAUCUGCGAUACCAGCGUGCUGAAGAAGAAAAUCAUCGUCACCUACGGGCAGAGCGUUCACUUGGGGUGCUUCGUCAAAGUACCGGAGAUACUGAAGGACCAGUCGGUUACCUGGUAUCACCACUCGAAGGAGAAGGGACGCUACGAGAUCAAGUACAACCCGACAAAGUACAUUGAGACCACGGAACGUGGACUGGUUGUGAUUUCGGUUAACGAAGCUGACGGCGGCCGGUACGAUUGUCAUCUCGGGGGGUCACUGCUCUGCAGUUAUAAUAUAACGGUGGAUGCGCAUAGAUGCACGCCGCCGAACAAAAGCAACGACUAUCAGAAGAUUUACUCCGACUGGUGCCACGAGUUCGAGAAGUACAAAUCAGCGAUGAAGACCUGGGAGAAAAAGCAAGCACAAUGUUCAUCCAAGCAAAAUUUCAGCAAUCAGCAUCCCAACGAUGUUUUUCAACGCAAUCCCAACGUCUGAUAUCAAGGACCAAACAUUGACACUUCAACAUCGAAUAGCUUGUCCACUACCUUUGGUAGGGUACUACAAUCAACUAAAUGAACUGUGAUACCCUUAAUGAUCCAAUAAUAAGAAAGAAAAAUAAGAAAAUUGGAAGCAAACAAAAAAAAACAGUAGGAAAACGUUGUACAGUAAGCAAA